AUGGAGCUGGCUAGACUAGCGUACAGGGCAGUGGAGGACGAUGACGACGACGACAUCAGAGAGCUACGAAGGUUUUUCUUCCUUGACCAGCAUAUGGACAACCUGAGACAGGUCUACCACAACGUGCAAGCAUACGGAACACUGGGCCAGGAAAGCACAGACGAAGUGUGGCAACCGACCAUCUACUGCGAUCUUUCUCGAUUCAAAGAAGUAGAAAAGGCCGACAGCAAAGGCGAAACUGUCCUUCUCAACACCAAGACAGGCGUGACUACAAACCUGAAUGAGGAGUAUAUCGGCUGCAAAACCACGGGCGCCACAAUCGCCUAUACAAGCGUUUUGAGGCGUCCGGACGACACCGGAUACACCGAAAUCACCCUAUGUCCGUGGUAUCUUGUUGAAAUUGGCAACGCCCAGUAUCGGAAUGUUGUGGGCGGCAUGAUCGAUCGCACAGGCCAGGCAAGUUAUGAUCCCGGCCGCGGUUUCAAGGGCAAUGAGCCAAAUGCGGACGUUUGGGCCAGCCGGCUUGAUUUCACUCUAUUGCAUGAGUUCUCACACGCCUUGCCCAUUACAGAGGGGAGAACACUCGAUCUGUACUACAAGUGGGAAGCUUGCGUUGCCAAUGGGGGCGAGGAUACUGCGUGUCUGAAUGCAGACACGUAUGCUUAUUUUGCCUUGGGCGUUCACUGCAUCAAAGUGCCUCGUGUUAAAUUCAGCAAGGAGGGCAAGCACCAGUUGAUGAGGAGGGCAGGAAAGCGCGCCGGCCAGUUGAUCAUGAAGCUCUGGAAUGCGUGA